AUGUUAAGCAAUUUAUCGCGAAAAAAGAUCGAUUCGUUUAGUGAAGUCAGUCUUGCAAAAUAUGGUCAGUCAAAGAAGAAAAAGAGCAUGAUUAAUCAGCACAAGGAAGACCUUGAGUUUUCAUUGACAUUAAAAAGGAAAAUCUUGAAAAUGAAGGAGAGAGGACAUGAUGCUCCCAAGAAGACAGGUAAAACAGUUAUUGCUGGAUCAGGAAAGGUGAUUGGCGACACAAACAAAGAAGAAAAACAUCAGCUUUCGCCUAUGGAACUGUUUGCAAGGAAAGAAAGUAUUUCCCAUAAAUAUGUACAGAAAGAUGCUGCCCAAAAGGUCAGGGAAUUUCCUAUGUCUAAACCUUCAAAAGCCAAUUUAGAAAAGGAUAAGAUAUCUAUUAAGAAGAAGUCGAGAACGCCCCGAGUCGAUUUCGGGGAACAGUUAGUCAAUUUAAGGAUACAAGUCUGGUGGCCAAUGGAUGAAAUGUUUUAUGCGGGCACUGUUAAAGCUUUUGAUUCUGAAACAAAGAAACAUCAGGUUUUGUAUGAUGACGAUGAAAUAGAGUUCUUGAAUCUGAGAAAAGAAAAAUGGAAACUGUGUGGUGAUGAAAAGUCUAUGCAAAAACAAGUAGCUGAUCGUUUAUCUCCUUCCAAAGAGCUUAGCAAUGUUGCAAUUAUUCAUCAGCCAAGGUAUCUUUUCUUCCUUAAUACCAUUGGUCUUAGAUUACAGUCCUGGUCUGUUUUACGAACUUCAUCAGGACUAAAGAAAACACAAAAGGAAAAGGAAGCCCAAUGAAGAAACAGCAACAUCAGGCUGUCUCAGUCAUCUAAAAGAUCAAAAGGUGUAAACCUUGCCCUCGGUGUAUCUGAAGACACUUCUUCACCUGGUUUUCAUCAAGUCGUUACUGAAUUUGACGAUGAGACUUGACGUCUCAGCAAAAGAUAGUGGGGUGAAUUGUGUGAGCAAGGAAGAGUCGGAAAAUUUUGAUCUUUGAAAACAGAUGACAGCCACCUCCAAGAAGUUGAAAGAAAUGGUACAAUAUUAUAAACGCAUGGAUGCUGGUUUCUAAUCGUUAUGCAUACCAUGUUGAAGGAUUGCCGAGAAUUUAACUGCUAGGACGAAAACCAUUCGCCGAGUAUGUGACAAGCCGGAAAGAAGCUGUAAUCGGCUCCUUGUGUUUCACAAGGAUUACCCUUGACUACAUGUAUGGAUAGGACACUUACUGAAAGCUGCCUUUUUUAAUCUUUGCAGU